AUGAACAGCGAUAUCUAUAUUGAAAGCGAAAAGAUGCGAGGAAGUUCGUUAUUUACUACUGCUGUGCCCUACUGCCCAGACAAGAGCACUGACUUCCUGACGUUACUGGAAAAGAUGCAAAGUCAACGACUUGACGAGCAACGAUGCGAAAUGCCCGACUUACAUCUGCAAGUUCCCGAAUUGUUCCGAUACUCGAUUGCUCUCGUAGAA